AUGUCGACGUCUGUUCAAGUGGAAAGUACUGAUGUUGCAGUCGUUUCACCGACCUACUUCCAGCGGAUGGUGAGAAUUAUGAUGGUGCUUAAAUAUUGGGUGAAUCAUAUGCGUGAGAAGAAGAAGCAAAACGUAACAAACGUGGAUCUGGAGAAUGUGCGGCGUGUGUUCGAGCCACCCACGCACGUCGCUCAAGUGAAAGUCAAAAAACCGCUGCACAAGAGAUUACUGUGUUGGUCAGUAGACGAAACCAGCACGGUGUUUUACCUUUGGACAACGGUGAUAUUUAUUGGUUGCUCGUACAAUCUCAUCACCAUUGUUGUUAUGGUUUUCGAAGAAGUCUACAAGACUUUCUACGACUCUUGGAUUAAAUUUAAUAUUCUUUUUGACUGUUUAUUCUUAUGCGACUUAUUUAUACUUACCAGACGACAGUUCAUUGAAGACGGUAUUCGAGUGAGAGAUGUCAAAGAGAUGAUAAUGCAUCGGAUAAAGUCGAAGUAUUUCUAUCUUGACAUACUAUGCAUACUACCUACGGAUCUUUUUCUCUACAUGAAACCGGACUUCUCACUUUGCAGAUUGAACAGAUUAUUGAAGUGCUACCGCGUCGGAGACUUCAACGCUUUGACAGAAAUUCGGACGUUAUUCCCUAAUCUAUUCCGUAUUACUAAGCUGAUAUUCACAUGUUUUAUCAUAUUUCAUUGGAACGGCUGUGUAUAUUUCUUUAUCAGCGUUCUAUACAACUUCCCAAGUGCUACAAUUGACGAUUGGAUAUUCUCAUAUGACAAAAUUCCGGAUCCUAUUCUAAUGAGUUGCGGAGUCAACGACGACUUUAAUGUGACCGAGGAUGAGUGCCGGACAGACGUGAUCCCGCCGUUGCGUAUCUUCGAGGAAUACGAUAAUAUGACUGCGGAGGUGGAUCUGGCGAUGAUGUAUUGGGGAAACAGGUCAUAUGCCAUUCCAUUCACCGCGUUCUUUAAGCAAUAUGCGCUAAGCUUCUACUGGUCAGCUUUAACGCUUGUCACAUUGGGAGAGCAGCCAUCUCCAAAUGACUCAUUCCAAAACACCUUUGAAAUUUGCGACACAUUACUCGGUUUGGUUCUUUUUGCGGUGAUUGUUGGUGAUGUUGGUAACAUGGUAACAACAAUGAAUAUGAAACGUUCAGAUUUUGAGGAAGUAUUGGAUGGGUGCAAGAGUUACAUGAUCUACAGAAAAGUCCAUCGUUAUCUACAGAGAAAAACCGUGGAGUACUUUUCUUACACGUGGGCUCAUGGUGGUGGACAAGUCGACGAAGAGGAAAUUGCGGAAUUCCUGCCGCCACGUCUCUACGGUCAACUGGCUGUCCAUAUUCAUAUGGAAACCCUUAGGAGAGUUAAACUAUUUGAGGGGAAGGGAAACCAGCGAAUUCGGGAAGCAUGGCUGGAUUGUGAGCCAAAUCUUCUUUACGAAUUGAUUUUGAAACUAGAACUGCGCGUCUAUUCACCAAUGGACUACGUUUGCAAAAAAGGUGACGUCGGUACCGAGAUGUAUAUAGUCAAGGAAGGUUUUGUGGAAGUGGUCAGUGAGGAUGGAACUAAGGUGUUCGUACGACUUGGAGAAGGCACUGUGUUUGGCGAAUUGUCGAUUUUAAACAUCCCAGGGAACAAAAAUGGGAACCGACGUACUGCCAAUGUACGAUCAGUAGGCUAUUCGGAUCUCUAUGUUCUUAGUAAAGAUGAUCUAUGGGCAGCGCUUAGAGAAUAUCCUGACGCAAAGCGUUCACUCAUGGAAAAAGGUGAGAGUAUUUUGGCAAAAGAUAACUUACUUGAAGAGGUCGUUGGUGAACAGGAGCUGGAACAAGAUGCACCUGUUGAGGAACAGCUUGAAUUUGCUGCCAAGAUAAUUCGUGAGAUUGAGGCGCAACUUGAUGCGGCUGAGAAUAAUUUUAAGGAGUCUACGUCACGAACGAAACGAAACUUAUUCAAAUUGGAGCGUGAUGUCGACGAAGAGUUGAAGUUGUUGCUAGAACCAAAGAAGACACCGAAUCAUCAUAGAAGAUCAUCUCUCACAUGA